UCGCAUAGGAAGUAUCGCCACAUUCGCCACCCACACACUGACACACACUCUCUCUCACGCACCCAGGAGAAGAGAGAGCCCCCAAAACACAAAAGGCAAUAUAUAUUUCUCAGUUUGACGAUCUUUACGAUGCUCCUCCCCCUCUGGCCUCUCUCUCAUUGCUUAAUAAUCUCCAUUCACCGCAGCAUUCCUCCCAACCACUUUGAAGCUUAGCCUUUUUCCUUUUCCCUCUUUUACAGAUCCUCUCCGGACUUUCCCGGUAAAUUUCUUUUUUGUUUCUUGUAAUCUGCUGAUCUUUUGGUUUCUGUUUGUGCCGAUCCUGAACUUUGGUUCGGUGCAUGUUGAAUCCGUGGUUAGGAUUGUCUUAUUCUUCCUAAAUUGUUGUUAUCUUUAGUUGCCGGGAAAAUGAUGGAAGGAACAUCGAGAAAAUGAGAAUAAUUUUGUGAUCCUGAGCUUUUAUUUGUUUGGCUUCAGUGCUUUCUACAAUUGCGGAAGCUCCGCUUAGCUAAAUGGAUGCAGAAUAUUUAAAUUAGGAGCAGUUGAUCGGAUACUUCUUGUGAGAAAUCCAUAAUCGACUGUAUUUGGAAUUAGGAGAUCUAGUUGGGGGAUUCGGCUGCGUGAGUUCGAACAAGUCGACAUUCUAAUUCGGAGAAUGGCUUCCAUACCUCAUUCUCCGGCUGCCUUCGUCGGAGCUUCGGCUUCGGAUCUUCUCAGGAGCUCGAGCAACGGCAUCAGUGGCGUUCCUCUUAGAACCCUAGGAAGGGGGCAAUUUGGCGCGAGGAGGAGUGAUUUCGCGGUCGUAGCAAAGAUUAGGAAGGUGAAGAAGCAUGAGCAUCCAUGGCCGGAUAAUGCGGAUCCAAAUGUUAAAGGCGGCGUCCUUAGCCAUCUCUCACAUUUUAAGCCGUUGAAAGAGAAGCCCAAGCCCGUAACUUUGGAGUUCGAGAGACCUCUUCUUGAUCUAGAGAAGAAAAUCAUUGAUGUCCGGAAAAUGGCAAACGAAACUGGUCUGGACUUCAGUGAUCAGAUUAUUUCAUUAGAGAAUAAAUAUCAGCAGGCAUUAAGGGAUUUAUAUACGCAUCUCACUCCUAUACAGCGUGUUAAUAUUGCACGACAUCCUAACAGACCAACUUUCCUUGAUCAUGUGUUUAGCAUUACUGAAAAGUUUGUGGAGCUUCAUGGAGAUCGGGCUGGGUACGAUGAUCCGGCUGUUGUUACUGGUAUAGGAACUGUAGAUGGUAGGAGGUACAUGUUCAUGGGUCACCAAAAGGGUAGAAAUACAAAAGAGAACAUUCAACGGAACUUUGGGAUGCCUACUCCCCAUGGUUACCGGAAAGCUCUACGUAUGAUGUAUUAUGCAGAUCACCAUGGGCUUCCUAUAGUUACUUUCAUAGACACCCCUGGGGCAUUUGCAGACCUUAAAUCCGAAGAACUAGGCCAAGGUGAAGCCAUUGCGCACAAUUUAAGGACCAUGUUUGGUUUGAAGGUACCAAUUGUUUCUAUUGUCAUUGGGGAAGGUGGCUCUGGUGGUGCCCUUGCCAUUGGCUGUGCUAACAAAUUGCUCAUGCUUGAAAAUGCAGUUUUCUAUGUUGCCAGUCCAGAAGCAUGUGCAGCAAUCUUGUGGAAAAGUGCCAAAGCAGCUCCUAAGGCUGCUGAGAGGCUAAAGAUUACUGCAACAGAGUUGUGCAGACUGCAGAUUGCAGAUGGCAUUAUCCCUGAACCACUUGGCGGUGCACAUGCAGAUCCAUCCUGGUCCUCAAAACAGAUAAAAAAGGCAAUAAAUGAAUCAAUGGAUGAACUCAUGAAGAUGGACACACAAGAUCUUCUAAAGCAUCGCAUGCUUAAGUUCCGCAAAAUUGGUGGUUUUCAGGAAGGACUUCCAGUAGAUCCUAAGAAGAAGGUCAACAUGAAAAAGAAAGAUGAGCCCAUCAAGAAGACUCCAGAUCAAAACAUAGAGGAUGAGGUAAAAAAACUCAUGCAGCGCAGAUUGGAUGCCAAGGGGCCCUCUGUCACACCACAGUUGGGUCUGGCUGAGAUGAUAGAAAAACUGAGAAGAGAGGUUGAUUGUGAAUUUUCUGAGGUUGUCAAAACCAUUGGGUUGAAGGACAGGCUUGUGACGUUACGGGAGGAAUUUUCAAAAGUAAAUUCACAGGAUCAACUUGUGCAUCCAGCCCUGAAGGACAAGAUCGAAAAGCUUCGGGAUGAGUUGAACCAGGGCCUGUCUGCGGCUCCUAAUUAUGAAAGGUUGAAGCAUAAGCUAGACAUGUUGAAGGAAUUAUCUAAAACCAAAAGUCUUGCUGAAAAGAAUAAUAAGGCUGCCGCAUUAAAGCAGGAGAUCAAUAAAAAAUUUACAGAAGUCACGAAUCGAUCUGAUAUAAAGGAGAAAUUCAGGGCACUGAAGGCUGAAAUUGAAAAUUCUGGGGCGUCGACGGUCAUGGAUUUGGACCAUGGGUUAAGGGAGAAAGUGAUGAAGGUGAAGAGAGAUAUAGAGUCAGAGUUGGUUGAUGCUUUCAAAGCCUUGGAUUUAGAUGUUGAGGUUGUUAAGUCGAAAGCGAAGGAGCUCAGUGAACAAGAGACUUCAUUCUCAGAUGUCAAAGUCAAGAUAGAAGAGUUGAAUGAAGAAAUCAAGCAAGGAAUUGAAAACGUAAUCAAGUCAUCGGAUCUAAAGGAUAAAAUCGAGUUACUGAAGUUGGAGGUUGCAAAGGCAGGAAAGACACCUGGUCCAGUGUCCAAAAAUAGAAUUGCAGCUUUGGAGCAACAAAUUAAACAGAGACUUGCAGGGGCCUUGGAUGCUUCAAACUUGAAAGAGAAACAUGAGCAGCUCAAGGCAGAGAUUUCUAAAACCAUUGAGUCUUCUGGAGGACUAGAUGGAAGUCUGAACGGACAAUAUCUGAGAGAAGACGGUUCUACAUAUGCUGAACCAAGAGUAGAGAUCGGUGUCAAUAGCACCAUUGCUUGAUGUGAGUUCAUCUGCUUUGGUUGUGUCAAAUUCGUUUUCUUUUCCCACUCUUGUCCACCCUUCUUAUCGACAAUAUAAGUCUUUUGACUUUUUGGUCGGAAUAAUUGGGGGUUGUAAUGAUUUUUUAUAUUAUUUUUGAGAAAAUUAGCCAAUAACUACUUAUCAAAAAACAAAUUGGCCAAUAAUCUCUUUACUUUGUCUUGAUUGAGAUUCUUCCUGUACAAUUUUUUAGGCAUUCGAUAAGACUGACAUGUUGAAAUUUA